AUGGCACGCACAAAAGCCAAAGCCCGACGUGGACCAGACGGGCACGCAUUCCGCGAAAAUGCGGAGGAGAAGAAAGCUGCCGAACACGGAUCUGGAUCCGCAAUCUCUGGAAUUGGGAAUGGGAAUGUAAGUGGGAGUGGGAAUGGAAAGAGGAAGAGGAAUCGGGAACGCGAUGGUGCGGGGAUGGAUCGAAAGGGACAGGCAGAAUCUGCUCCGGAAAAUACGGCAAAGAGGAGGAAAGGGUCUGGCGAUGACGAUGUGGUUGAGGAGAGCUUGCUUGUUGCGGCGGGAGAUGGAGUCUCUGCAGCUCAAGAUACAGACGACGCACCCAGCGACCCGCGGCCGAAAUCUGCCCCCGAAGCGUCACUUCUAGUGCCUAUCUUCCCCGGCCUGGAAACCACGCAUACGGUCACAACGAUGAGUAUCAUCUCGUCUUCGAACAUCAAUAAGAAGGUCUCGCGGAUAUUGGAGCUUUUGUCUGAGAAGCCUUCGGGAGGGGAGGGGAAGAAACAUGCUGUGGUUAUGCUGUAUGCGAAAGCGCCGGUUGUGAGUAAAGUUGUGAGCGUGGCGGAGAUUGUGAAGAGGGAGAUUGCCAGGGAGGGAGGCAAGUGGUUUAGUUAUUGUGUGGUGCAGGAGGUGAUGGGUGAGAGGAAGGAAAGGGCGAAGGAGAAGGUGAUAAGGACGGAUAAGGCGACGAGAGCGAGCGGAAAGGAGGAACUCGCUGAGAAUAGCAAUGAAGAUGAGGGGCAGGAGGGGGAGGAGGACGAAGAGGAGGCUUUUGAGGUUAUGAAGACACCAUUUGAGAGAGCCUUGGAAGUAGAGGGGAAGCCAAAGGUUAGGGCUAUGCCGGUCUUGAGCUUGUACUUGUCGAGGAUUAGGAUUGAGACGUUAAGGAUGAAAUAUGGUGAACAGACAAAUGCUCAGGAUGUAGAAUAA